AUGGAAGCUGUGUCCAGAGGGGUCGCCGAUUUUAUUUUUAUUUUUUUGUUUUUAUGUUUCGGGGAGGUGGUGAACCGCAGCAGCCGGCGGUUGUGUCCAGGAGUGACAUUUUCCUCAAGAGUGGGGACACGGAUUGAAGGCCGGAAUUCCAGCCAGAAGCUCUUGUUCUGCGCGGGCCAGAUGGAGCGGUUUCCGCUGCGUAGACCAAGUCCACACCUUCUCAUCGCUGGGCGUGGCGAGGAGGGGCUGCCCCGGGCUGCACGCACUUUGUACCCAGGCCCUUGUCCCGUGGGCGGACCGUGCACCGAGGGACAGGGCCUGGGGACCUCCGAGGAAAGUGGUCCGAGGGUCUGCUGGCCACCGAGAGGGGCAGGCUUCGACAGUGCCCCCCUGGCGCACACGCCAGGCUCCUCGCCCGCCCUCUCCAAAGGGCCCAGGUGGCUGCCCCGCGACGCCAUCCACCAAGCGUCGGACUGCAGCUGGAUCCCUCUCUCCAAAGGUCGCCGCCGCCGGGUCCCCGGGGCUCCCGCACGCAGGGCCUGGCGCGAAGGUCACCGCCCAGCACCACCUCGGGCUGCGCGUCCAUUUCCAAGAGGCAGGCGGUGGAGAGAGGGGAGCCCGGGCACCGUGUUCCCUCUUCCUCUCAUCGCCAACCUCCUACCCUUCAGUGGUUUCUGAAAAAUGAGAGAACUUAAAAAGAAGAAGAAG